CUCCAUGAUCUGAGCCCAUUCCUCAACUUCCAACACCGCGAGGCAUGUCGCAAACGACGCACGCGGCCCCGCGGCCACCCUCACCUUCCAAGACCCCCAAACGCGCUGACCCGGGACCAAGCCGACGCCUGAGCUCACCAGCACAUGCUGCGGCUCGUCGGCAGUCUCUUUAUGGCCACGAUGACCGGAUCGUGAUCGACCCGGGCUCGCGAGUGUGGAAGGUCGGCUUCAGCGGCGAGCCAGACGCGCGCGCGUGCUUCUUUGCACCCGACUUCGCCGACCGUACCCGCGCAUCGGAGGUGUGGGACCUCGACCUCUCUGCGACAGCAGGCGCGCGCGGUAUCGUCGCCGAGGCUCGUCGUCUCGUCCAGGUGCGCAUUCAGCGUCGCCUUCGCGACACGUUCCACAAACACCUCCUCACGGAUGGCAAGCAGCGCAAAGUCAUUGUCGUGGAGAACACCUUCCUUCCGACGUAUGUCAAGGAGCUCAUCACGGCAACCCUCUUCGACAACUUGAAGUGCCCCAGUAUUUCUUUCACGCCGAGCUCUAUCCUAGCACUCGCGGCGAGCGGAAGAGUCACGGGCCUUGUCGUUGACGUUGGAUGGCUGGAGACCACCAUCACCCCGGUCUUCUGCUCACGUCCGCUGUACACUCACGCUCGCUCAAGUCCCGUCGCUGGCCGGACGCUUUUCUCGCGCCUCCGCGCCCUUCUCCGCCGCUUUGGUCGGUACACGGCCCCCCCACGGGGGGGCACACCGUCCCCCGCCACACCGCCCCCACUUGCCUUAUUAUCUGACCAGCUUGUCGAACGCGUACUCACCGAGGCGUGCUUUGCCGAACAGACAGCACCGCCCCCCUCAUCGCAGACGAUGGACCUGGAGGGAUCUGAGCCAAAACUGCCGAUACCCGACUUGGAGGACGAUGCCCUCCUCGACAUCCUGGCGGCGCGGUACGCCUCAUCGCAGGCCGAAGACUGGACAUUGUCGAUCCCCUCCCCCCGAGGGACCGGCGCGUGCGGGCGUCUCGUAGUACCGGGCUGGCUUCGGCAGCGCGUUGUCGAGACGCUGUUCGGCGAUGGGCCAGACGAAGAGGACUCCGUACCCGAGCUUAUCCUCCACACACUUGAGAGGCUUCCCGUUGACCUCCGCCCGGACAUGAUCUCCUCCAUCCUCGUGACAGGAGGCAUUGCUGCCCUACCGGGCUUCAUCUCACGCGUUCGCAAUCAGCUCCUCUGCUGCAUCCCGGCCGAGGGCAUACCCCUUAACUUCACCGACACUCUCGCUGAGGUCGCCUCGUGGCGGCAGCGCUCCAAAGAGCCAUAUGCCGAGUUAUACGGUCUGUCGAAGAGACUUGCGAUCAUCAACGACCCCGCGCCGCUCGACGGGGCCGCUAGUGCAAGUGGUGGUACUGCACCGAGAUGGGCUCCGUCCCUCGUUGCAUGGGUUGGCGGAUCGUUGUCUGGUGCGCUCAAGACGUCGGCGCCUGAGCUCGUGCGCGAAGACUACGACGCGCGGGUGAAUGAGUCUGUUGCGCGUGGAGAGGAAUACCGCGCUGCGCUCGAGCGGGAGCGCGACGAGCUCGGUAUUGCGAUGGCCGCGGUGGGCUUGGACAUUGACGAGCUGGGGCCGGGCAUGGCUCGUGGAGCUUUGGCGGGUAAGCGGAAGCGCGGAUGGGUUGUUGGAGGCAUCGUGCCGGACUGGACGACGGCACGUGUGCGCGCCGGUGUGUAGACGUGAUAGACAAGGCUUGGCAUCGAGAUUGUUUGUAUAUUUUUGUACGUAGUAGUGGCUGAUCUGGAGAGCUGCGCGGAAUGUGCACGGACCGAAACACGUGUAGUCGAUACACGUCCUGAACGCGUCGGUUUGAGAUGCAUUACAUCACCCAGGGGGUG